AUACCAUAAACAAAGGGUUCUAACCUAUAAUUCACUACAAAGAAAUUCCCAUUCGGCACCGAUUUCAGUUGCUUCCUAAUCAUCGAGACUAAAAUAAACACAAUUUGCUCCCAGUUUAAAACCCUAGCGGAUAUUUGACAGAUUCUGAGGUUUAGCGGCGAUUUUUGAAUGUCGACCGGCAAAACAGUAGACUGUAGUUUGUGUACACAAUAAUGGCGGCAGCCAAACAUGCGCUAUGGUUUAACUUGGUGUGUUUACUAGAAGUGAAUCUUGUGUCGUUCGGAAGAAAUUAAAUGUGGACCGUAAUUGUUUGUUUAUUGAAUCCCCGGAAAUUAUCGAGUCGGAAAGUUGAUUGUGCGUGUCUGUGUGAAAAAAUUGUGGUGUGCUAAUCAGUGGUUUCACAAGAAAAUACCAGGAGCUAUUUAUAAUUCGGGAAAAAAUCGUAUAAUGGCAAGAAUGCUGGCAUUAUUUAUAUCACGAUGUUAGCAAUAUGAGACAAGGCCGGGCAGCUCAACGUAAAACGAAAUGCCCUAGCCGUCGCGUAGCGCCCCCCAUCACGCUGCCAGUCACCCUGGAGGACCCCGCCACCAAUUGGAAGGGACCGCCGCCCGGUUCGGAACCCCAAAACUUUUCGCAGAACUCCGGCAACUCGUUUUCCGGGCCGCCGGCGGGUUUCCAGGGGCCGUCUCCCUUCCAAGGCCCGCCGGCGGGUGCCGGAUCUCCAGCUGGCGCCCCUCCCUACCAGGGGGGUCCUCCUCCAGGAUCGACGACGCCCCAGUACACCGCCUCGCCGGCGCCGUCUGGUUCCUCCACCCCCGGCCCCGGACCGCCCCCCAACGCUGGUUUCCCUCCCCCUCCGAAUAGUGCGGGACCCCCUUACAAUGGACCAGGACCUGGAGGCCCGUUCGGUUCGCCGUCCGCUGGCGGGCCGCCCUUCGGACGACCCGGGUCGUCGGGACCACCAUUCGUGGGCGGCCCGGGGCCGGCCGGCAACCACUUCCAGCAUUUCGGACCGGGGCCGGGCUUCGGCAUGCCGCCGGGAUCACCUUUUGGGCCGGGGCCCGGUCAUCCGAUGUCCGGGCCCAUGGAACCCGGCCAUCCGAUGAUGUCUCGUCAAAUGGGCGGGCCCAUGCAAGUUGAUCAAGGAUCUCUCCCUGUUCCAAGGAGGCACACCCCUUACUUCGGCCAACCGGAUUUUCGAAUAUAUGAACUCAACAAAAGGCUGCAGCAAAGAACUGAGGUAGAUAGUGAUAAUUUAUGGUGGGAUUCUUUUGCAACGGAGUUUUUCGAAGACGACGCCUCCUUAACCCUAGCAUUUUGUUUAGAAGAUGGCCCUAAACGAUACACGAUUGGAAGGACGUUAAUCCCGAGGUAUUUUAGGAGUAUAUUCGAAGGGGGAGUGACUGAGCUGUAUUAUAAUAUGAAGCACCCUAAAGAGUCCUUCCACAACACUAGUAUUACUCUGGACUGUGAUCAGUGCACUAUGAUUACACAUCAUGGUAAACCGUUGUUUACCAAGGUGUGUACAGAGGGCCGCUUAAUUCUAGAAUUCACUUUUGACGACAUGAUGAGGAUAAAAUCGUGGCAUUUCGCUGUACGGACGCAUAGAGAGCUGAUCCCUAGGACGGUGGUGGGAAUGCAUUCGCAGCAAGAUCCCGGCAUGUUGGAUCAAUUAUCGAAAAAUAUCACAAGGCAAGGCAUCACUAACUCGACACUGAAUUAUUUGAGGUUAUGUGUGAUAUUAGAACCAAUGCAGGAGCUAAUGUCGAGGCACAAAGCCUACGCUCUGAGUCCCCGGGAUUGCCUGAAAACGACGUUAUUUCAGAAGUGGCAGAGGAUGGUAGCGCCGCCGGGUAAGAGAGAAUCACAAAGGCCGCCAAACAAGAGGCGGAAACGAAAAGGAUCGAACUCAGGAGGUGCCGCCAAUAAUGCAACACCUGCGCCAAACAAGAAGAGAUCUCCAGGGCCUAAUUUCUCUUUAGCAUCUCAGGACGUCAUGGUGGUGGGAGAACCGUCGCUGAUGGGCGGAGAAUUUGGAGACGAAGACGAGCGUCUGAUCACGAGGCUGGAGAACACCCAGUACGACGCCGCCAAUUCCUUAGACCAUGAUAAUCAUGGCUUCCAUGCUGACUCGCCGAUGCCGGGUUCGAACUCUUGGGGAGCGGGAGUGGGGGACCGGGGUCCGGGAGGGGUCGGCCCCUCGCAAGGCAACACCCCAUCGAAUCAGGACUCUGAUAAGAAAUCCCCGGCAGUGAGCCAGUGAUAAUAGUUCAUAUUAUAAACUAUAGAAUCUCCGAGUCAGUAUUUUUUAACGAAACUUCAGGCAUUUUGGGUCACUGUGUCGUCAAGAAAAAGUAUUCUUGAUUCGUUUGUUCAUUUACCGGCGCAUUUGAUAAUUCUACGAGUGAUUUUCUGGAAAUGAGGUCACUCUUAUGAAUGUAUUGAUGGGACAACUGAGCUUGGAGCACCGUAUUACACCUUUCAAUGAAACAAUCACAAAUUGGUGUCAGAAGUGGGAUUGUUAUCAAUAAUUCAGUUGAGAAUUUUAGCAGAGGUGAUUUCUAGUAAUGUAUAAAAACUACAUUAGCAAGUUACCUUGCUGUGUUUGGAACCAUUUCGAAAGUAACAUGCUUAGUAGUUUAUUUGCUAUUCUUUAUGACUGUUUCAUUGAUUAGUGUAAUGAGAGUUGUUUGGCAGUAAAAUCAGAAACUUUGUUUGUUUUAACAUUCAAAUCACCACAGAAUUUCAGUUCUCCAAACAAGCUUUUAAGUGAUACUGUGAGUUCAUGAUAAAGCAAUAGUUGGAAAUCAAUUUAGAAACCACAGAGAAUAUUGUCACUGUCACUUCGUGAUUAUACAACCACGAGAGUGUACCUUUUUGAGUCUGAAAACUAAAAUGAUUGUUGCAGUAUACAACCUUUUUAGGAAAUGACGACAGUGUUCAUAGAAGGAAAUGUAUCUUUGAAAACAAAAAUCUGAAAAAUGUCAACGAAUGUUUUCUCCAGCUGAAUGCUGGUUUUCAAUAUAACAUUAUGAAAGAAUUUACUAAAACGUGAUGUUCAUCACAUUUUGUUGAUACCAAACUUUAAACAGUUUAGCAAGAAUUCUUGAUGGAGUUCUUUAUUAUGUUGAUUUUAGAAUGUCAUGAAGGCUGUGCUUCAUCCAACUCUGUUUGAAAAAACUUGAUAUGAUUUGAAGUCUUCCGAUAAUCUAAUUUGAAAAAAUUUUGAAACAUAAUGUGGAUUUAUUGUCAUUACGAAAUAUAAACAACAACACAGUCCUUCAAAAAAAUGUACAAGAGAAAUACAGUUCUUUCUUCAGAGAGUUUGUUAACUACACCUUUCAGGGUUUUGUCAUUUUUAAAAUUUCAUUUGUCAAUGUAUGUUGAAUGAGUAGUGUUGUACAACACUUAUGAAGUACCUUUUCCACUAAAUGGGCUCGCUUGCGACUAGUUUCGUUUUCAAAACCAGAAACAAAAUACUUGUUUUAGUUUCGAUAAGAAACUCGAAUUUCAUGAAACAAACAAAAACUAGUUGGAGUUUCCACUACACGAACAGCGAUUAAAUUGCUGCAUUUUUCAUCUGUUAAUUUCUUUUUUGACUGUUUGUCAACUGUUUUACCUAGGAAGGAAAAACAGUCAAUAAAAAAACAGUUGACAAAAACAGUCGCCCGCGACACAAAGUCUUCAAAAUGUUUGUUUGGCAACUCGAGUUUUUGUUUUAUCGGAAUCAAUGCAACUGAUGUUUUGUUGUGGUUUUGUCCGUUUCAUGGAAAUCCGGCAUUAAAUGCAGUCUUCUGAAAGUUUGACUCUGAUUGUACUUUAUUCUGACUUGUUUUGGAUGCAGUGUUGCCAAACAUUUGUUCAUCUCUUAAUAUUAUGUUUCUAUCAUGUAAUGUAGCUUGAACUCUUGAGUUUUUAUAUAUACAUAGUUAUCAACGUGAUGGUCUAGGAUAGCUCUACUGUUUUUUUAGAUAUUAAUAAUAGAAGUUCAAAAUUUUGUGAAGAUUUCAACUAAAAAAUGCUUAAAAAUGGUGCAACAACAAUUGGCAACACUGGGCACGUAUUUUUAAUAUCAACUCAACUGAAUCCUUUCGGCAAUUGCAUGUUAGCAGGGGUUGUUAUUCAUAUAAAGAUAAAUGGUCCCAAAAAGUUUAUGCAAACAGUAAGUUAUUCUUUAAAAAAUGAGUGUACACAUUUGUUUCUUAGGUGUUCAUAUUAGUUUUUGAGAAAUUUUCAAUCGGACUGUAUUCUGGUUCACUGAUUACGAAUCUAGUGUCAAAAUUUAAGGUUGAGAGAAGUGGCCUUUCAACAGUUGAAACAUCGACUAUUUCAGGAACUCACUCCUGGUAAAAUGGAACCUUCUUUCAAGAUCUCACCCAUUUCAAAUGUUGUCACUGAAUGAAAAACUUCCAAUUCUCCAAAUUAACCUUUUUCAUUUGGACUCACAUGUGAUUUUGCGAUCCCCUACCGAUGAGAACGGCCGCGAUACGCCGCUUAUCGGGAGAGCGAGGAGUCCAUUUUGUACACGUUUUCUUCUUUUGUUUUAUGAAUGACUGCCGUCCGAAGUACGUGCAUCACAAUCUUAAAUAUGUAUUGUGUCAUUUUACAAGUUACAAGUUUUUAUAAAAGGAAGUGAGAUCCCCAAAUAGUCGAUUGUUUCACUUCUGGGUGAUCAUAUCUACGAAAGUAGAUUGGAGCACCAGGUUUUGACUUGGCGUGAUCAACAGACAAAUAUAUACAAGUCCAAUUACAAAUAUUUUGAUAACAUUGGUACAUUUCAGAGGUUUGACCUGAAAUUACACAGAAUCUCGAUGUGACAGAGCAAUUUUGGUUAUAGGUCCGGUUUUACAUCCAAAGAUCUAUAAGAAUCGUAUUCUUAAGCUGGUGUAAAUUGAAAAUAACAUUUUUUGCAGGAUUGUGAGUCGUUGAUCACCUGAAUGAGUGUAUUAUUGUUAUUAUUUGCACUGACAGUAUCUCCAGUUAAGCUAUCAGUGAAUGUUCAGUAAAUAACUGUUAGCAGUUAGCAGAUAUCCCAUCAACAUUUUGGUAGAAUGUAGUGACAAAUCUGGACAAAGAUUCGUUUUGCGUGACCAUGAUUGUACUUUUAUGUGAACGUUUUUACUGUAAAUAAAUCUCCAGGGUUUUAUUGAGGUUUUUCGAUAUCGAGUUGUAAAAUAAAAAAUAUAUUGUAAUGUAGCAUUUAUGUUUUUUAAAUGUGAGUUUUUGAGCCUCCGAAAUGCCUGAAGUCUAAGCGCGACGAUAGCCAGUGACAUUGAAUUGUUUUUUAUUGUUUAAUUUUAUAUAAAAAUGAGUAAAACAAGUGCAAGAUGAUUCUAAGGAGUGAGAUAAAACAGUGUGUUGAGAGUGAAAAAAAAUUUAUUCGAGUCUUGAUUGUGUUGACAAUGCUAAAAGGGACCAUAGAGACUAAAACAUGUUUUAGUAUUGACACUGCAAGCAGGGAUCGUCUUUUAGACCAGGUUGAGGGAAGACAAGAAGGGCAAUACCCCGAGCGAAAUCUGACGUUUUGAUGAUUGGAGCACCGCACAAGUCAUUGGUUAUUUUUGUGUAUUCUUCGCAACCUGCUAUUGUGGUAUGACUUUGAAAAAGUCGGAGAGAGUUUGGAAUGCUGAGAUGAAGUAUCUUUUUUUUCUAUUUUUGAAUUUCCUCACCCAAAAAAACAAUGCUGUCAAAUGUGUUUAUCUGUUGUAAAAAUUGAGUUUCUGUUCAAUAUUUAAUACCUAUAAUGAUUGUUAUUACUACAACAGCAGCGUAGUCUACUUCAUUAUCAAGUAGUUCAAAUGUAUCCUUGGCAGUAACAAGGUUACUAGUUACAGUAUUCCAUCUGUUAUAGAGACAUGCCUUGCAGCAUACCCUACUUCAGUAUCGAGUAGUUCAAAUGUACCGCUGACGGUAACAACAUUACUGAUUACAGUAUUCCAUCUGCUAUAGAGCGCUACAUUGCGGCAUAAUCUAAUUCAAUACCGAGUAGUUCAAAUUUACCCUUGGCAUUAACAAGAUUACUGAUAAGGUAUUCCAUCUGCUGUAGAGUGAUGUUUUUCUAUGAAAGUUAUUUUUGUGCAGUGCAUAUCUGAGACAAGUGGAUAAUGUGGAAUUCAACUGAGUUUUGUCCCAAAUUCAACAAAAAAACGAAAUUCACCCAGUUGAAUGAUUUAUUUUCUUCAUUAUAGAAAUAGAUUUCACCGAAUACUAUCAUAAUAAUAACUUUUUAUGACAGCAACAGAAAUAUAUAGAGUAUAUUAUCGAGUAGGUCAAAUUACUGUCUGCAGUAACAUUUUUACUGAGGAAGGUAUUCUAUCUUGGAGAAUUUAAGGAUACAACACUUUAAUAAUGAAAAACUUGGAGUUUAAAUGUCUAUUAUUUGUCCCAAACGAACAAAAUCGCAAAAACUGGUUGAAUGAAAAUGAUUAAAAAAAAAUUACAAAAUCUUGAAGUCAGAAUUUAACAACUAUUUCCAUUAAAUUCUGACUUCAAUCAGAGAAUACUGUUAAAUUAUGACUUUGAGCUCAACAUUCGAUUGAAUUCCAAUCUCAAACUCAAAAUUUAGUCAAUUCAUUUCUAAAAAAAUGUGUGGCCCUUCCAAGCUCGAAUUUAGUAUGAGGUAGUUCAAAUGCACCAUUAGUAGUUACAUUAUUCCUAUGCCAGUGUUCCAUUUAUUGUAGAAAAUUUUCAGAAGAACUGAACAAAAACUGAAAUGAGUAGAAAACAUGGCAUUGAAUUAUCUCCUUUCUUUGUUUCAAGUUUUGAUGGAAAACCUACGAAAUUAAUUGUGUUUUGUUUCAAAAACAAUGUAGAUAUUUAAAUCUUCACUUGGUCAUAUGUAUUUACCUUUGUCGGACGUGAUAAAACUGAAAAUUUCUCAAAAGUUUGAAGGACUCAUUUUUAUAUAAAGCCAAAUACUUGAUUGCUAAAAACAUAUCACAAUAGCGGUUGAGAGCAAGUUAUAUACGCGCCAAAUCUGUAAAAAAAAUUAUCUGCUGCAGUUGUUGAAACGUCAUCUCGCUCUUCUAGGUAUAACCUUUCAUACCUGGACUACGUUGCACCCGAAGUAGUGCAAUUUUAAAAAAAAUAUAAUGGUUUCUUGUGGAACCGUCACCAUAUGUACCUCUACAGAGUGAAUGUUUCUGGUUUUCGAAUGGCAGCUCAUUUGUACAGUAGUUUAAAACAUCACACUGUAUGUUGUUGUUUUGUGUUCUAAAAACACAUUUACACACACACAUACACACACACAGAAAUUGUCCAGGUAUAUUGUGUAAGAUUAGAACUAAUUAAAUUAAAUAUGGUGAAAUUC